UCUGUUACUUCGUCAGACGCAUCAGAAGUCUAUUACGAUGGCACGUACCAAGCAGACGGCUCGUAAAUCGACCGGAGGGAAGGCGCCUCGUAAACAGCUAGCCACUAAAGCUGCAAGAAAAAGUGCCCCGGCUACCGGUGGUGUGAAAAAACCUCACCGUUACAGGCCCGGUACUGUAGCCCUGCGUGAGAUCCGUCGUUAUCAGAAAAGUACGGAACUAUUGAUCCGUAAAUUGCCGUUUCAACGACUCGUUCGUGAGAUCGCUCAGGAUUUCAAGACUGAUCUUCGCUUCCAAAGCUCUGCUGUGAUGGCAUUGCAAGAAGCCAGCGAGGCCUAUCUCGUAGGUCUUUUCGAGGACACGAACUUGUGCGCUAUUCAUGCCAAACGAGUUACCAUCAUGCCUAAGGACAUCCAAUUGGCACGUCGUAUCCGUGGCGAGAGAGCAUAAGCGCAACAAGUUUUUAAAAUUAAUAAACGGCCCUUUUCAGGGCCAACAAUCUUUCUCGAAGGAUAUCGACCGUUUACGCAUAUUUUACUUGUAAUCGCUGUAAAAUUAUACUUGCUCUUUGUAACAUCUAGGAUUACACUUGUCGAUCAAAUUGUGUCCGAGACGAGUUUAACUUAACGUCGGAUUUUCAAAAAUAUGAAAUGUAAAAUU